AUGCCUCUCAAAAGCAAGAAGCAAGAAUCAGCUCUUGGCCAAAUCGAGGAAAUGACCGAGCAGAAGAAGGCACGGAUAUGGGAUGACGACCCCAGAAAUCCGUACAAUUGGUCAACAGUCUGGAAGGUUCAUCAAGUGUUGAUGGUAGCUUCAGCAGCAUUUACGACCUCUAUUGGUGUGUCAAUCAUGUCGCCAGCUCAGACUCAACUUAUGGAGGAAUUCGGCGUUGGAAGUACCGUCGCAAUACUUCCCCUAUCGGUCUAUGCAUUUGCGCUUGGGCUCGGCCCUGUAUUAGGAGGACCGAUUUCUGAGACAUUUGGGAGAUUGCCAGUUUAUCUGGGGUCCACGCUUCUAGGAAGUCUCUUUACAAUUGGCGUUGGCUUCAGCCAUUCUUUUUCAGCCCUCUGCAUCCUACGUUUCCUCGCCGGGUUUUGCUUCGCGCCUUCUUUGGCUGUCGCUGCAGGAACCGUCAAUGAAGUUUUCAGGCCUGAAAAGAGGGCCAUUCCCGCCACUGUUUGUAUUUUGACGCCUUUUUUGGGCCCUGGGCUUGGUCCUGUUCUUGGGAGCUUGCUAGUGUCUCAUUUAGGCUGGCGAUGGACACAAUGGACGAUUCUGUUUUCCGCAUCCGUGACUCUCAUUACCAUGAUCGGCACGAAAGAGACAUUUCACACCACAAUCAUGCAUCGACAUUCUGAAGACUUCUACUUGCCGCUUGCAUCUCCACUAUCAAGUUCGGCAAAACUGAAGCUUUUCGCUACAUCGUCUAUCUUUCUUCCGAUCCGCAUGCUUGUCGCUGAGCCUAUUGUGGCUUUCAUCUGUCUAUAUGCAGCGUGCGGAUUCGCCAUUCUUUUUUCCCUUUUCGCCGCUGUCCCUCUCGUGUUUCAAGAGGUCUAUAUGUUUGAUACAGAGGACUCAGGGCUUGCUUUUCUUUCCAUUGUGGUUGGAUGCCUUCUUGGGACUUUGACAUUGCUAUUGUGUGACAUUCUGUUGUACCGUCGAAAAGCAUUAUGCUACGGUGGGCAGCAGGUGCCCCCUGAAUUCCGCUUGUACCCCUCUUUGAUUGGCAGCCUAGCAAUACCUGUGAGUCUUUUUUGGUUUGGCUGGUCUGCUCGGCAGGACAUUUCGUGGGCAAGCCCCAUUCUUGCAAUUAUGCUUUUUGCAUGGGGCAAUCUGUGUGUCUUCGUCAGCUCCGCCCAAUAUAUCGUCGAUACAUACCACGGUUCUAUCGUGGCAAGUGCGAUGAGUGCGAAUAGCCUAGCGAGCCUACUGGGGUUUAUCACUGUCGCCAUCAUGCCCUUCCCUUGGAUACUUUUUCUCAGGGGGGAUUCUUUAAGAAUUAUGAGCAAACUUACAUUAGCUCAAAAUCAAGAUCAGUGA